CGACCACAGAACUCUCAGAUCAAGAGUCCAACGUUUUUAUUGUUAAUUUGUUAAGGUUUUUGGUAUUUGACUUAAUAUUACAUAAACUGUAUAGGGAUGACUUUAACGGGGAUUUAAAACCACUGGAUGCUGCAGGUUCCUACAGAGUUUGGAAACACAUUUUACAUCUGCACCAGUCCCUGAAGACAGGGUCAGUUUGAGAUGAUAACUCCAGGAGAGAAUAGUACAUCACCCACGGUUCUGUUUUCCAGUCCAGCUUAGAAGAUGUUCUCUCAGCACUCUGGGAUGUCAGAAAAAGGAAGACUCCAAACCCAGGGUUUGCUCAGACUCAGACAGGACAACAGGCAGACUGGAAAAAAGGUGCUUGUCUCUGAUGAGGACGAGCACUUCCUCGUUCAUGGUUUCUAUCACCUCAGGCAUUUCUCCUGUGACAGCCCGGUGCGUUUCAUGAUGUAUUCACAGGCUUCUGAUGCAUUCAUCAGCCUCCACUCAGACAACACAGUAAGCCUUUUCAAAUCUAAACUCCGGAAGCAGGCCCUCAUGGGAGAACUGCCCUUUUUGGGCCUGACUGCUACAAACAUCCCUGGGUGGAUUAUAGGCUGGGGCCCCGGGCCCAUCUUCACACUUCUGGACAGCGAGUUGCGGCAUCUGGAUACCGCGGAUGACGCCCUUGAUAUUGGUCUGUGUGAGCCAGCGGAGCAUUCCUGGGAGCUUGUCACUGCAGGCGUUGGGAAUGUGUGUGUGUGGUCGGUGUUGCUUAUGAGGUGCAAGCUGAAGAUACAGGAAGGGCUGCAGCAGCACAGAACAUUCACUCAAUUGACACUGGCUCCUCCACGAAAGGACAGGCCUCACAGAGCCUUUGUUGCAUGGGGGAAGGUUGUGACUGUGGUAGACCUCGAUGGUGGGAUGGUUUUGGACCACAUGGAGGAUCUUUGUUCCAGAUAUGAAAGCGUAUCAAAGACUGUGUCUCACAGCGACAUCACCGCAAUGCUGUUCUGCAUCCAACUCGACUGUUUGAUCAUCGCUUCACAAGAUCUAUCCAUAACAGUCUGGGGACCUGACUGGGUUCCACAUGUGACUUUUUUAGGACAUAAAGACGUGGUGAAUUCGCUCUUCUACUGCUCCAAAUCAAACCUGCUGAUAUCCUGCUCUGCAGAUUGUACAAUUCGUUGCUGGGAUGUGGAAAACAGCAUGGCAGUCGAUUGUGUCUACACAGAGCAAAGCAAACCUCCACUGUGUUUCGGUGGCACAAAAAAUGGACACCCUUGUUUCUCUUUUUCAGCCAAAGGCGUGGACCUUUGGAUUCUAACAGCUUGGUACACUCUCCACUCUAAGCUCAGAGGGGAUGAAGGCGUCCCACUAAAACAAAUCCUAGUCUCACAUUUCCCUCCUUCCUACCCAACUCGAGUCGUCUGUGUCAGCGCAGACGGUCGUAUCCUUCUCGUUUCUGCCAGUACAGGAGCAGUGCUCACUUACUUCAAGCCAGAAGACAGGAUUAUAUGUGCUGACUACUGCCUGCACAAAGAGCUGCUGCUGGCCUUGACCGAGGAAGGUACCUUACUGCAAGCCAGCACACUCACUAAUCCAGCCACUGUGAUACAAGAAUGGGAAGGCAGAGGGCAGGGUCCCUGGCAGCACACGGAAUGUGGGACUAAAAGAGAUGCCUGGAAUCUGCCGGUACCUGGCCCAGCCUGUUGCUUGGUGCUUUACAGCUCCGUGACGGACCCACAGACAGCUUUAGAGAAAUGGAAAAGUUUACGGGAGGGGAAAGGCUGCAGUCAGAAGAACAACAGAUAUGUUGAUAAUUUCAAAAAUAAAUUUUGGAUUAUCAUUGGCCAAAGGGGUGGCUGUGUAAGUGUUCUCACAGUAGAUGAUGGGAAGGUCCUGUGCAGAACACCUGCACACAAUGGCCACAGUGUUACAGCGAUGCAGGUGUAUCCAAAGAACAACUUCCUUCUCACCUCAGGUGAGGACUUCACAGUGGUAGUGUGGAGAGUUCACCCCGACUCAGCAGUGUAUCUCUCUCAACAACAAACGGUGGAAUGUGGCCAGCCUCAGGUCCACCUGGCAGCGUUGGAGCUUCAGUUGGCCCUGACAUUUCAAGACCCAUACAGCGGCUCCUACGGCAUCAAGCUCUUCAAUCUGCAAAGUCAGAAGCAACUAACUUAUCAGCAAAAUAAUGCUCAUUUAGAUUCUCUCACAGGAGUGUGUGAGAUUCCUGGACCAAAGGUGUUUGUUUCAAGCAGUCUGGAUAAGACAGUGCGCAUCUGGAAUGAAAGGAAUCAACUCAUCUGGAUGCAACAGCUUGUGGCAGUACCUCAGUGUAUAGCAUACAGUGGAAAUGGGGAACUGUUUUUAGGCAUCAAAGGGGACCUGUACAGGAUGGAGUUUGCACAGUUUCUACCAAAGAAAUACAGACAAAAGUUUUCUUACAACUGUUUCGAAGAUCCCCUCUCUGACUUGCCUGUUCCUGAGAUUAAAGAAACACACGACCAAACAGACAUGUCAAAUUGUAAGACAGAACAAUUGCCAAAAGCAAUCUGCAGGAAUCAGGUAUUGAGCGUAAAUGUGCAACAGGACAAGGAGCAGUUAUCGAUCAGAGACUUGAACCGGAAGGCUCUGAAGGGAAUUGUAAACUGCCCAAAAGAGACAAAACAAAUAAGGAAAGAGGCCUUUGACUGCUACAUGGGGAAACUAUAUGGCUUGCCACCUUGUAAAAUGAUUGGUCCAGAAGACGAUUUUGAGGAAAUUUUAUUUGAUACCAAAACGCAUUUGUUCCAACCCCAUUACUUUUCGAAGUUAAAAGAAGACACCGUUCCCCAGCCUAAACAGGACAUUCAGAGUUUGAAGCCACAGGAGACCAAAAAGGCUCCAAUGGCUGUCAGAAAAGAGAUUUCAGCACCUGCUCAGGAGGUCAUACUUAAGAAACAAGUCGGAGUAAAGAAAGCAGAAGCGUCUGAAGAGAUCAUCAUACCAGUGAAGCAAUCCCAACCCAGACUCCAAACUCCUCCUCCUAAGAUCCCAUCACCACCUCCACAGCGGGAACCCUCCCCUGAACUUCCAACGUUCCUCAAACAGUUUGCAGAGAUGGAAUGGUUUACUGAUUUGUAUCCUGACAAAAAGAGUGUGCCAAGCAACUUCUCUCCUGAGGACCUCUCCUUGCAGCUAUUGAAUUACCUGCAAAACUACAGCAGAAGAACAGACAUCAAGAUCCUUGCAGUAGUUCAGGCCCUGCAGAUCCUGCAACAACAGAACUUCUUAAAUACCACAGAAGAACUUUACACAGGGCUUACUGACGCUUUGGAGACAUUAAUACGACCAGCAAUUUCAGAUCUAGAUCGUGUUAUGAUUCUUGAGAUGUUAAAUCUGCUGGUGUCUUUAAAAUCUGAAAUCGGUUACGAUCUUGUGAAAAAACUUCUAGCUCUUCUGGCAUAUAAACAACUGAAUCUCCGGGUACCAGUACUCCGCCUGCUUGGGGCAUUAGGUAUAAAUCAGGCACAGCUGUGGCUGUACCCCGAGUUAGAGAGCUGGGGACUGCAGCUGGAGAACCAGUCUAACCAAUGGGAGAGCCUUCAUGACAAAGCAGAUUGCUGGAUGGAGUUGUGGAAGUCAAAAUUCAAAGACUAUAACCGGUAUCUGUACCUCAGAAGUCCCUUGAAGCAGAAACCUCCUAGCUUCAGCGCAGUGGAUGUCCUGAAUUUUUUCUGUUUGGUGCAAAAAGAGGAGCACAGAAAGAUCUCCGUUGCUCCAUCUGCUGGCCCCAAAUACAAAGUGCUCUUGCCUCAGCAGACCUGCAUCAGCUUCAAACCAAUCCUUCGCCUGGGAGAGACGAACACCAUGGCCAGAAAACGAAAAUUAAGGGGUGUUCUUCUGCCUCCAAUGCAUAAGCACUUUCCCAAUUGGAUCACUCUGCAUCUAUCUCGUGUCAUCCUGCGCCCGUUUCACACAAACACAUACGAGCGCUUGGUGAGGCUCCCGAUUCGUAGCUACUUCAUCCCUCAGCAGUCUACGGUGGAGUACUACAGGCGACAACUCAAAGACAAACCUGCAACAAUCCCACCAACAUGUGCAGAGCCCAGCACCAGGGCUAAUUCUGAAAGUAUUUAACAAUGAAUAAAAUGUAACAACUGC